ACGCUUCAACCAAUGGUAGAGCGCAACGAAGGUUUAGCGGGGGAUUUGGUCUUCGUGUUUAGAGGACCGGUUCGCGGGAAAGACGCUAAAAAAAGACCCGAGAAGAUCUAAGUAGUAUUCCAGUGUUAUAAGAAAAUAACACUUGUGAUCGGGUUUUAACAGAGUGUGGAGAUGCUGUUCCGCUCCAUUGUAGACAGAGGGCUCGGUAGACGGAGGCAGAGUGAGCCGUGCUUCAGAUACCCUCUGGCCUCUCUGCUGGAGGGCUACCAGUGUGCCCGACAUGAUGAGCACAUCUCCUUUGGAAACUUGGGCGACUCAGUGCCUCCAUUCGGCCUGGCCUUCUCCUCUGCACCAGGCCUGCACAGUGCCCUGGCAGUGGCCAACGAGGAAGGCAUCGUCAGGCUCUACAACACAGAGAGCCGGGAGAACCCAGUGCUUAAAGAAUGGCUGGCUCACGAGAAUGCUGUGUUUGACAUAGCCUGGGUACCAGGGGAGGCCAGCUUGGUCACUGCUUCAGGCGACCAGAUGGCCAAGCUGUGGGAUGUGAAAUCAGGGGAGCUCCUAGGCAGCUUCAAAGGCCACCAGUGCAGCCUCAAGUCUGUUGCAUUCACACAGCAGGAGAAAGCUGUAUUCUGUACCGGGGGCAGAGAUGGCAACAUUAUGAUCUGGGACACUAGGUGCAGCAAAAAAGAUGGUUUCUACAGGCAGGUGAAACAGAUCAGUGGCGCUCACAACAAAGCAGAAAGAAACACCCCUUCUAAAGUGAAGAAGAGACGGUCUUGCGCGCGCGGCAUGGCUCCCUCUGUGGAUUCCCAGCAGAGCGUCACCGUGGUCCUGUUUCGGGAUGAGCACACCCUCAUCUCCUCUGGAGCUGUUGAUGGAAUAAUCAAGAUGUGGGAUCUGAGGAAAAACUACACUGCGCACCACCACGAUCCCACUCCUCUCCAGACGUACCCGUACCCUGGUUCCAGCUCACGCAAACUAGGUUAUUCUGGCCUCGUCCUGGACUCCAUGGGGUCGAACCUCCUGUGCAACUGCACUGAUGACAACAUCUACAUGUUCAAUGUCACUGGACUUAAAACGAGCCCAGUGGCUGUCUUCAGUGGCCAUCUCAACUCCUCAUUUUAUGUGAAGUCCUCUAUAAGCCCAGAUGACCAGUUUUUGGCCAGUGGCUCAAGUGACCAUCACACAUACAUCUGGAAGAUCUCUGAUCCUGAAAGUCCUCCCAUGAUGCUCCAAGGCCACAGUCAGGAAGUGACAUCAGUUGCAUGGUGCCCCACAGAUUUCACCAAGAUUGCCUCCUGUUCUGAUGACAACACGAUACGGAUCUGGAGACUUGACCGGGGAAUGGAUGGAGCAAAAUCCUCAGUGGGAGAGGCAAAUCUUGUGGGUUGGGCUCGUCCAAAGGCUGUUUCAAGGAGGGCCAGUCCAAGGCCUCCAUCCCGAGCUGAAAGCACUCCUGCCAAGAACCAGAGGACAGAGAGUCUGGGCAGUCUGGCUUCACCCCAGCUCGCUGCCUGUGCCCCCAGUGGAGCUGCCCUGCCUCUGCCCUCCAGCACCUCCUCGCCCAUCCAGGUUCAGGACGCCAAGCCCAGCACCCAUCACCAGAGAACCCCAUCUUCCAUCAAACACUGGUUUUCCCCCAACCGUGGGUCCCCCUCUGGUCAGGUCAGCCCUCCACUCCGUAAGGUGCUGAGCCCAUGUCCCCAAAGCCCAGCGAGCAGCACCCCUCCCUCAGAGCGACGGGCGAAGCGCAGGCUGGAGACGGGUGACACUUCGUCUGGGCGCUGCGGGGAUUCAGAGCAGUGCGACUGUGUUACGGCACUCUACCCCGAUGCCAAGAGGAGCCGACGCCUGCCAGAUGUCUGCUGCCCUGCCCAGGACCAGCAAAGCAGGGCAGAGAGGUCCAAGGAGACCCGCACACAAUCAGACUUGCACACAGAGGACAGCAAACAAGCCUCGCCAAGUCGGGCUGGCAAGGAGAACUGCUCUCCUGGAGCAGUGGACUGGUUAUCAGUGAUGGGACAAAGGAUGAAGAAAGGCCAGGGAAGCAUGAGCAGUCCCAGAAACCCCAGCGCCUUCAAGAAACAAGAAAGCAGGACACCAACUUCAGCCUCGACCAUCCGCUCACCACAAAAUAUGAAGAAAAUCUCCUCCUAUUUUCCAAGAAGGACUCUGGAAUGACCGACUUGAAUGAAUCAUUCAUUCUUGGGCUUCCUCUAUUUAAAUGGAUAUAUUUUUAUUUGGGGCAUUUUAAACAGGGACUAUUGACAGUAAGCCUCAUCAGAACAUUGAUCUGUGCCCUGGGGACAUGACCAUAUGAAAUGGGACUGCAUAUUACACGACCAAAUAAUCAUUCCUAGAAUUUGAUACUGCAGUUUCCACAUCACAAGAGGCUAUUUUUUUCUUUUCUUUUCUUUUUAAUUGGAUCAGAUGUUACAGUGGCUUCCCAAACAAUUAUCUGGUAAGCCUGUAAUUAUCUGAUGUCGCAAGCCUGCAAAUCAAGUUAUGUCUUACAGUAAAUCUUUCAUUUUACUCAAACCAAACAACUUGCAUGCAGGGAUAUUUCCUAUUUUUUUUUUUUUAAUCCACAUGUUGGAGCUCUAUUAUGAGCUUCCCUUUGUCUUAAAACAUUGUGGCCUAAGAUCAGCUCAUAUCCCAACAGUUUGGAGAGAGAAAUCAAUUCUGACUACAUUUGUUUUGCUGUGGGUUUUUCAUACAUGGAUUUUGUGAUUCCUGUCAAUGAGGCUUUAUUAUAAAGUUCUGAAAAAUGUUAUUUCUGUAGAGCAAAUGUGAAAGUUGUUAAUAAUUAUUAUAUGUACAAAAUAACCAAUGAUUGUUGCUUGGUCUAUUUGUAUUUCCUUGACACAAAUGUGCUGUUCAAAUUUUUAUUAAACUCAAACAAGUUUUCAACUUGUUAGUGUC